UUUCACUCUUCAGUUAAACCCCCCAGAACCGUUUUCGCAUCAUCCCGCCCAACUAUUCCUCCCCCCCCCUCUCUCUCAAAAAAACAAAAAUUCACUCCUAGGGUUUCUUUCCUCAAUCCUCUUCCUCUUCCAUGUCUCUCGAGUCUUGAAUUAUCCAAUCCUCACUCAAAUCCCAUACCCUAGAAUUCUGACCAGACCUUGCACUGUCUCGAUGGAUGAAGGGAGCAGUCGUGGCGGUGGUGAAGGCGGGGGAGAAUCGUCCUCGUCAAGGGUAACGCCGUCGUAUGUAAAAUUAGGAGACAGGCAAAUAUUCACCGUGGAGCUCCGACCCGGAGAGACGACAUUUGUGUCUUGGAAAAAGCUUAUGAAAGACGCCAAUAAGGUCAACAGUAGAUCCGCACCCGCCGCACCAGACCCUCCUCCCGUUAACGCCCACCCUAACCUCGAGUCUCGAAUUGCCCCACCACAAGUGAUUGAGAAUGAAGUGAAGGAUGACCCCCCUCCGAAUCGUUUCAGUGCUGUAAUCGAGAAGAUUGAGCGUCUUUACACAGGUAAGGAUAGUAGCGACGAGGAGGAUCUAAUGGAUGCUCCAGAUGAUGAUCAGUAUGAUACAGAAGAUUCUUUUAUUGAUGAUGCUGAGCUGGAUGAAUACUUUGAAGUUGAUAAUUCAGCAAUCAAACAUGAUGGCUUCUUUGUUAACAGGGGGGAGCUGGAACGCAUAAAUGAACCUCCUGUUGUGCCUAACGAGAAACCAAAGAAAAGGAGAAGAAAAGAUUUAUUGAAGGCACCUAAUGAUUCUGAUGAUGGUCAUAUGUCAAAUAAACUUGUGAAGCUGGGAAAAUCAGCUGCGGAGAAGAUGGCACUGCCUCCUGGAAAGAACUCUUUGAACAUUUCUCAGAAUUUGACUAUGAUAAGUGAGCAGUAUGAGAAUGUGAAGUUCCAGAAUCAAUCAAAUUCACCUGGAAUUUCUUCCAAAAAGAAACCUGCUGAAACAAAAAUGAAGUUGGAUCCAUCUUUAUCAGUGAAAGUUUUGAAUGGCGAUGCUUAUGCAUCUCUGGAAGAAACAAAGGAUAUUGAAAAGCCAAAGACCGGGUGCCUCCCACCAAAAAACCUCACUAGCAAACCUAAAAAUGCAAGUGGAUUCUCUGAAUCUUCAAAUCAGAAAUAUCAAGAAAAAAGUGCUUAUGUGCAACCCAAGUCACAAUCAGCAAAAACUGUAAACCAUGGUGAUGAUCUUGAACCAUCAGUUAGAUUAAAAGAAAAGAAUGGGGUCCGUGAACUUCCUGAUCUCAAUCUUAAUAUUUCUGACAGCAAGAUUUACACACAAGCAGCAAGAACUUCACAUGUCCACAGAAAGGAUGGUUCUAGUGUCAGGCCUAAAAGUUCGAUGCUAGAAAAGGCUAUCAGGGAGUUAGAGAAGAUGGUUGCAGAAUCAAGACCGCCUGCUGUGGAAAAUCAAGAGACUGAUGCCUCAGCCCAGGCAAUUAAAAGAAGAUUACCUACAGAAAUAAAGCUGAAGCUUGCCAAAGUUGCCAGACUAGCGGCAAGCCAGGGAAAAUUGUCAAAAGAGUUACUCAAUCGUCUCAUGAGUAUUCUUGGUCACUUAAUUCAGCUUAGAACACUGAAGAGGAACUUGAAAAUAAUGAUUAACACAGGUUUGUCAGCAAAGCAGGAGAAAGAUGACAGGUUUCAACAGAUAAAGAAGGAGGUUGCUGAGAUGAUUAUGACACGCAUCCCCUCUGUGGAGUCUAAUGCAUUAGUUCAACAAGCUGGAGCGUCUGAUGAUUUUCAAGAAAUGGUAUCUGAUGAAAGAGGGGGGCUGAAAAAGAAAUUUAGCAUGGAUGCUGUGUUGGAGGAUAAAAUUUGUGAUCUCUAUGACCUUUUUGUUGAGGGAUUGGAUGAAGAUUCAGGUCAACAAGUCAGAAAGUUAUACGUGGAGCUUGCUCAGUUGUGGCCAAGUGGUCUUAUGGACAACCAUGGGAUCAAGCGUGCAAUAUGUAGGGCAAAAGAGAGACGGAGGGUUAUGCACAUUAGAAAUAAGGUAUGCAAGUCCCUCAUAUCUACCCCUCCACUCGAUCCCUCAUCUCAUAUUUGAAAUUUUGAAACAUGAAAGUUACCAUUUCCUGGAUGCUUUUUUUAUUUUAUUUUAUUCAUAGAGCUGUAACGAUGUCUUGAUUGAUAAGACUUAAUUCACAAUUCUAAUCACAUGUCAAUAGAUUAUGCAAUGGUGAGCUGUGAUUAAUGAAGUGAUUGGCAUUUCAGGGUUCCAAAAAGCAAUCUAAAUUGACUAAAAUUGGCUAUAUGUAGACUCACACCAGGGUUUUUUUUUUUUUUUGUCAUUAAGUAUAGUUGGGAUAGAACAGGAGUGAAGGUUUCUGUAUCAGUGGAGCGUUACAUCUACUGUGGUUUGUAGAUUUUAGAUAUUGGAAUUGGUGAUGCGCACUGUUUUAUCAUUUCAAGGACCUUUGCUUCUUAUUAUUGGAAGGAGUUUUUUUUCA